GUUCAUUAAAAACAGAGACUGGGAGCAAACCCGAAAGAUUCCGACUGCAAUCACGGCCGUUGAGAACUCCUGUCUGUUAUCAACUGGAACAUAUAUAGAUGGCGAUUGGCAAGGACAUGAUUCACAGAACGACAUAUGUAAACCAAAUAAUUUGGAGUGGUUUAUUACGGUUUAUCUGUCUCGGUAUGCAUCAGGAUGUCGUCUAGUCAGUUACUGAAAGGAUUUCCAAUAUACGAUAUUUACAACGCACAGUCAACUAGUUGAAACGUGAGAAUGUUUCCCGUAGUUUUUAUCCUAGUUAAAAUCAAAGGUUUGCAGCGAAAAUCUAUCUACGAGAAUGACUCAUAUGUAUUGUGAAAUUUACAGUUUUUGUUUUUCAUUUGUUCAGCGGUAUCGUCGCGAGUGAUUAACUGCAUUUUCUAGCUUUUACAACAAAAACCGUCCGUAGUGCAACGAAGAACUGUUUCCAGUGUGAUGUUAUGUUAAUAUGUGCAUUGUGGUUGUUGUAAUAGCAAUUAUGUAAAAUAGUUGGUAUAUCCAAUCCUCGCGGCUACCACUUAGGGAGUAGUGACAAAUAUUUGGGAAAUCAAUUUUAGAACAUCAACAUGUCUUCAGGCGAUUAUCUAAUCGUUAAGACCAAAUCCUACAUUAUCAGAAUGAAUCGAGAGGAAAACCUUUGCUGGUUCCAUGGAAAAGUAACCCGCGAACGAGCUGAGGAAAUACUGCGUCAAGAAGGAGGUGACGGUGUCUUUAUGGUGCGGGAAAGCGCUUCUUCGGAAGGAGAUUUUGUUCUAUCGGUGCUAUUCCAGGAAGAAGUUGUCCAUUACCAGAUCCGACGCCAUGGAGACGAUGCAUUUUUUUCGAUCGAAGACCACGAUCCCAUUCACGGCCUAGACUCACUAAUUGAAUACUACAAGCAAUCGUCGAAGGGAUUGGUAACUCGCCUGCAGGCCAUCUGUCAAAGCUCUCCUCCGCCGCAUGAUCUGAGGAGCCAUGGUACGACCAAUUUGCUGCACCGAGCGACGAAAGAAUGCAACUAUACGAUCGUAUCGGAAUUAUUAAAAUGUGGCUACAGGAACAUUGAUUCAAAAAAUCAAGACGGACAAACUGCGGUACAUUUGGCGUGUUUGCAUGCCGAAGCUCGAAUAUUGGAGAAAUUGAUCGAAAGAGGAGCCAACAUUAACAACAGAGAUGCACAGGGAAACACUCCAUUGCAUUAUGCCUGUCGUAAGCAAGGCGGCAUUGAGAUGGUACGUUUGCUCAUAAACGCAGGUGCAAAUCUCCAGGCUCGCAACAAAGAUACAGGAUGGGUGCCUCUACACGAGGCUGCUGCAAAUGGUAAUCUAGACGCUAUCAAGGAACUGCUUGCUAACCGUGUCCCUCACAUGCCUCGAUCUAGCUAUGGGGAACUGCCAGAGGAUAUUGCAAAAGAUAAUGGUUACUUCUCAGUAGUUGACUACCUUAACAACUAUGAUCCUCCACUUCCAACAACUCACAAGGGUCAGUGGUAUCAUGGGACACUGGACCGACAGGUGGCAGUUGAAAGUUUAAAGGAACAUGCACAAAAACUCUCACCUGUUUCCUCCAAACACGAGAACAAGGAAAAUGAAAUCAGAUCAGAGGAAAACCAAACUCCUGACACAUCCGGAGUCUAUCUGGUGCGAUACUCUACAAAGCAUGGUGUCGAUGUUUUGACACUUCUUUUUGAUGGGGAGGCAAAGCACUUUAUCAUACAAAGAAAGCAAUAUUACCUCUUUAUAGACGAUGGUCCCUAUAUGACAUCCUUGGAACAUCUCAUAGAGCACUAUAGCCGAUUCUCGGAUGGUCUUCAAAUCAAUCUAAAGUAUCCCGUGCCUCCGAAACCAAAACCACCGAUUCCUUUGUUUUCAACUAUUCCCAAAAUGAAGCGUCAGUCGGGCAAUAGUUCGGAGGCAACUUCACCACCAACGCCACGAUCAAUACUAUCCAGCAAUGGGACAACCUCCUUCAUCCGCAAAUCGAGCGACAGUAACCUAUCAAAGGUGACACAUCCUGCAUUUCCGGCUCGUAAUCUUUCAGUCCCGAACGAGAGUAUUCUGCAGCAGAUGAACAGAGUGGGUCUCUACGAUGAACAAAGUUCCCCCCCUCAGUCUUCGCCAAACAUUGACGAGAAUCGAUCAAAACCAAGUAACUCGACACUGAAAAAGAAAAAGAAAAUUCUUAUUGAUGGUAUGAGAAGUCUAGGAAAAAGUAAAAGCAAACAAAAACCUCCCGCAGAGCCUGUUUCUCAGCUGAACAGGGACAGUUUGAUUGCACAAGUCAGCUCAUCCAAGGUCCUGCAACAACUGUCAUUUUCAUCGGAUUUUUCAUUUCCCUCUGCAAACACCUUGGACCUCUCAGGUGAGCUGUAUAACACCCCGAGCAACAAUUGCGCCAUUGUUGAUAUUGACAUAGGUGAACCCCCUGCUCCGUCCAGGUGUUACAUCGACAGCAUCAACAAUAACGGGCCUUUGCACAGCGCCCUUGGACCACGAAGAUCAUCGGAGGCUACCGGCAUUGAUGACGCACAUACAGUGACCGAUUAUUUUACAGAAAGUGAUAAACAUAUCUACAAUGAUCAGCAAUUGGAUAAUAGUACCGAGGAAAUAUAUUUCAUAGACGUUCCGCCCACGGUUCCCGCCCCACAUCCACCACAGGUAAUGAUUCGUAGAUAUUCCAGGCAAGCUUUAAUGUUAAGGAAUCUUUACGUCUUUCAGGGUACGCCAACAGAAAACAACAAUCCCCCAACAAAGCCACUCCCACCGCCUCCAGCAGUGACUACCACAACAAACUACAUCGCAACUCGAAAUAUUCCCGUUUUCAGUAGCAUAUCGGUGGAGGAAUGUACAACUCCUACCAGCCCCGUACCAGCACUGCUACAAUCAUACCGACAUGGUGGUCCAUUUGAACGGUUAGAUUCCACUAUGUCCAACAUGAGUCGUGACAGUGUCCAAAGCGGCGAUUCCGAGUUUCUUUCAAUCAUCCAACAACAGCAGGACGAAGACGAGCAACAACAAAUCAAACUAAGCCGUAGCGUUUCUAGCCGACCUAACUAUUUCAUUCCCAAGCAGUACAUUCUAACGCAAAAAGUGCUGGGACGAGGAGAGUUUGGAUACGUGUAUCAGGGGUCGCUGAUGCCCUUCCAGUUGGAACCCGGCUCGGAUCAGAUUAUUCCGGGUUCGGAAGAUCCAAGUGAAUUCACGCCAAUUGCCAUUAAACAACUAGUCGAGAGUCAGGGAAAGCGUAAUCGGGCAGACUUUCUGCGGGAGGCUAGCGUUAUGAUACGGUUGAGACAUCACUGCAUAGUAAAACUGAUAGGGAUCUGUAAGGGUCCCCCGUUGAUGAUGAUCGAAGAACUGGUACCGCUAGGAUCGAUGUUGGAUUAUAUUCUAGCUAAUAAGUCCACGCUCAAUCCGAAGCAUGAACUGAUCAUCUGGGCAGCGCAGAUCGCUUGUGGAAUGCAAUACCUCGAACAGCAUCACUUCGUCCACCGGGAUCUGGCGGCAAGAAAUAUAUUGCUUGCCUCUCGUUAUCAAGCCAAAAUAUCCGAUUUUGGGUUGUCACGUGCAAUCGGUGCUGGCGACGACUACUAUCGAGCCAGUCAAGGUGGAAAGUGGCCAAUCAAAUGGUACGCCCCGGAGAGUUUCAAUUACGGCACCUUCUCCCAUGCCAGUGACGUGUGGUCAUUUGGCGUUACAAUGUGGGAAAUGUAUUCGUUGGGUCUACCGCCAUAUCACGACAUGAAAGGUGUCGACGUGAUCAAAUUGAUCGAGAAUAAUCAACGGCUUGCACAACCUGAACUUUGUCCGAACAAGGUGUUUGCUAUUGUGAAAAGUUGCUGGAAUUACAACCCGAAGAACAGGCCAACGUUCAAAUUUCUGACACGGUUCUUCACCGAUGAUAUUGAAUACCAGAAUAUUCAGGAGCUGGUCCAAAGCGGAAAAGAAAUCAACGCCAAUAAAUAACUGAAGAAUUGGUGAUUGUUUGAUUCCUAAGUAUGUUUAAAGUAUAUCUGCAUUGAUUUUGUUAUAUGGUUUCUGUAGCUUUUGGAUACAUUCUGGUUUCUGUCGUAUAAAAAGGCCAUUGUUGAUAAAGAAGUCAUAACCCAGCUAACGUUAGUUAUACUUUGUUUCGUAAGUAUUCUUGUUCCGCCAUGUGUAUUUUGUUUUAGUGUACCCAUAUUUAUUUACCAUCGAAGUGACUGCUCGUACUCUGCUAAAAUAAUUAACUGAAAAGCUAUAUUUUGUUUUUAUUUAUGCUACUAUGUAUAUCAUUCCUCUUUGUCAAGAAUAGUUAGGUUUAAUAUACAACAAAUUAAACAUUUUCCAGGACCAAACUUGGUAACCUGGUGUGUCAUAAGAUUGAAAAGAAUAGUCUACAAAGUUUGUCAUUUGAUUUAAGUGCCUUCACGAUUUUAAACUUAGUCUGGAUUUGCAAAUGGUUGAAUUCAUGUCUGUUAAUAUUAGAUUUCUGUGCAAGUGCUAUAAUAGUUUAGUUGAACCAUAAUUGGGACUUCCAACCAGACGAAACUGUAAUAAUAAAUUUAAGUGAAUUGGAACAAUAAAAAAAUCAACGAA